CCGCAGAGGACGCCGCCGCGAUGUCCGAGACCGCUCCCGCCGCCGCCCCCGAUGCGCCCGCGCCCGGCGCCAAGGCCGCCGCCAAGAAGCCGAAAAAAGCAGCGGCCGGCUCCAAAGCCCGCAAGCCCGCGGGGCCCAGCGUCACCGAGCUCAUCACCAAGGCCGUGUCCGCCUCCAAGGAGCGCAAGGGGCUCUCCCUCGCCGCGCUCAAGAAGGCGCUGGCUGCCGGCGGCUACGAUGUGGAGAAGAACAACAGCCGCAUCAAGCUGGGGCUCAAGAGCCUCGUCAGCAAAGGCACCCUGGUGCAGACCAAGGGCACCGGUGCCUCCGGCUCUUUUCGUCUCAACAAGAAGCCUGGAGAAGUGAAGGAAAAAGCUCCCAAGAAAAGGGUGCCCGCAGCCAAGCCCAAGAAGCCGGCAGCCAAGAAGCCAGCCAGCGCCGCCAAGAAGCCCAAGAAAGCAGCGGCAGUGAAGAAGAGCCCUAAGAAGGCUAAAAAGCCGGCGGCUGCGGCGGCCAAGAAAGCGGCCAAGAGCCCCAAGAAAGCCGCAAAGCCAGGCCGCCCCAAGAAGGCAGCGAAGAGCCCGGCCAAGGCAAAAACGGUGAAGCCCAAAGCAGCCAAGCCUAAGGCAGCCAAGCCCAAAGCGGCCAAGGCGAAGAAGGCAGCGCCGAAAAAGAAGUAAAUUAUAAUACCAGAAGAGUCCUGCUCUACAUAUUUUGUUAUCCAACGGCUCUUUUAAGAGCCACCCACACUUUCCCUAAAGGAGCUGAGGCACCGAGGUCGUCCAUAACCUGCAGCAGGGAUCCAGUAAUUCGUAAGUCGUCAAGAGGUCAAUUGUGUAUUUUUUUUUUUUUUUUUUUUUUUUUUUCUCCCUAGGAUUACCGAAAGAAAUGCUAACGAGCACGGUAUAACGCGGCGGCUUUAGGGAAGUGUAGACUUUUUUUUCUCCGAGUAAUUAGUUUGACUACCAGGAAGCAAUGUUAAGCAAUGUUUUGUAAUGAUUUGAUAAAAAAGGAUGUAUGUUUUUUUAAAAGAUGUAUUUUGUAACAAAAUAAUGCAAUUGCCAGGCACGCUACUACUGAGCCAUGUCUAAUCUGUUGUAUUAUUUCUCUUAAGGUGUCUCCUUAAAUGCUUUUGUUUAUCUGGGGGAGGAGGGGAGGGUUUCUUUAUUGACACGAAAAUAGCCCUGAGCUCUCCCUAUCCUUUUGUUCCCGCUGAGAAAGAAAGCUUGAAGUAUUGAAAAAGCCCGCUCUGACCAAGGAUUGGCCAGCGGAGAGCCCGGCCCGCUGGCCCCCCCUUCCCCCUCCCUCCCCGAACAUUACGCCUCUUAUCUCUUGAACUGUAUCAGCCACUCUCGGAGAAGAAAAAGGCGGAAGAGGGGGGAGGGAUGGGAACUCGCAACGAAUAGUGUUCCCAUGUUCUCCGACAUAGCAACUAAACGGAAAAUAUCCCAUACCAGGAAGAAUUUGCAUGGGGAGGACCUUUUGGCACGCCUUUGUUAACGAAAACCUGGAAAGCGUUGCUACUAUCAUCAAGCCAAAAAUGCUGUUAAUAAAUAUGGAAAAAGACAAAACACGGGUUGAGUGAUUAAUAUAAAUUGGCAUAA